CCCCUACGUCUAAUGUCAGUGAGCAAUAUGGUGAUCUCGAUAUGACUCUCCCAGCGUGAAUAAUCUCGUAUUUACAAUCAUCAUUCCAACGUUAAGCUCGGUCAAAUACCUACAAAAUGACAGCUAGACCGAGAUCUUAUUCGCGAGCUGGCGAAUCCCUGUAUGAGCUGCUUGGACUUCAGAAGAGUGCAACUCAAGAUGACAUCAAGAAAGCCUACAGAAAGCUUGCCCUUAAGUACCACCCCGACAAGAACCCCAACAACCCAGAGGCAGUGGAGACGUUCAAGGAGGUCAACCGUGCCCACAAGAUCCUCAUGGACUCCACAAGAAGGGGUAUCUACGACCAGUACGGAUCCCUAGGGAUCUAUGCAGCUGAACAGUUUGGCGAGGAGAAUGUCAACACUUACCUGGUUCUAACAAGUCCAUGGUGCAAGGCCUUCGCCAUCUUCUGCUGUGUUAUCACGGGCUGCUACUGCUGUUGCUGCUGCUGCCUAUGUUGCAACUUCUGCUGUGGCAAGUGUCGGCCACAGGCACCAGAAGAUGAAGGAGAAUAUGCCAAUCUACACGAUGAACCAAGCGAAUCCCCAGAAGGGUCGCCAGUGACGACACAACCAGGAUCCACAGCCUCCUUCAAGUCAACUGAUGCCAUCCCAUGCCCCCCUCCCCCUUCGGAAACCACAAAUCUUAAUGCAGAUACCAAGGCUCAGUACGGCUCUGAGGAUGCAAGUUGACCGUCCAGCAUCUUAUAAAGAAUAACGAAGGCUCGAUAUUUUCACUUCCAUAUCUUGAUAUACACCAGCAGGGAUAGCUAGUGUCCGGUUGACAACAGACGGAAGCUGAUUCGUAUUAAGCAUGCUGACUUACAGAAGACCAUUAUGCUGGUUCCAAUGAAAGAUUUUUUCGGCAUUCAGUAAUUUGUUGGGUCGACAGUUUCUUGGUUUUCCGUAUUCACUUUCUCUAAAUGCUAGUCUUUUUGCUAGUGCUCUGAAUGCAUUUACUGUCUAAUAAUUUUGAAGUCUUAGCGAAAUGAAUAUACUUUUUUCAAAUUAGUAAAACCUGGUCAAGAGGAAAAUAUUUUUUCUCUUUUCCUUGAUGGGUUUUAUGAUUAAUCUUUUCCCUUUUCACUGUUUCUGCAGAUAUCUUUGCUGUACAAAUUAUGACCAGACUAUUAUAGAAAUCAAUUUGAAUUUUAGAAUACCUUUAUGACAUCUUACUCAUGUCGGAGGAAACAGUGAAAUCCAUUAUACAAUUCAGCAUGUGAGUGUUUUGUGAUAGGCUGUAUACAGUUCAUAGAAAUACUGUUUGGAGCAAGAGGUUUAUUAACUAUUUAAACCAAUUAAUUUUGUGUUGAUGUUAAUUCUUAGAAAUUGAAUUAUUGCAUUUUGUAGACAGUUGUAGCUGACAAGAGGUGCUCAUAAGUCUGAUCUCUUUAAAUACACUACUCAUCAGAAGUUAGGGACUAUUUCAUUCUUUCAUAUCACCAAAGUUAAUGUGUUAUGACAAGUACUGUAAAAGAAUUGGAUGGUUGUUGCUGGGUUUGGCAUUGACAAGACAGUUUAAUAAUAGUAUAAAGAAGGAAUUGGGUGGUCUUUUUAUGUUUGGGAUUGGCAAGACAGGAUAACUUGAGUACUGUGCAAUAAUUGUGUGGUCCUUGUUGACUUGGGAUUGAUAGAUUUCCUUAAUUGAUAAGAAAAAGGGGGUGGGGGGAGGUUCUUUUGGCAUGACUGAUUAUCUGUAAGAAUAUGAAAGAAUCGUGUGGUCCUUUACUUUUUUGAGUAAUAUAGAUAACCCUGCAAAGGUGUUUUAUACUCGAUAUUUCAGUCUAUUUAUUAUACACUUUGUCCCAAAUAGUUUGGUGGUUGACAUUUAUUACAGUUUGGUUUUUAAGCACUUUGUUACGUGUGAUACUUAACUCCAUCCCGCCUGAAUGUGAAGCAGGGGAGACAACUCAGACACAGCAUGCACAAAGGAGGUCGAUUUCCUUCAGUGGAACAGCUCUUGAAGCGGACAGUUUACCAUAGCAACCUCUUCUCGGCUUGAUCUUUUACACAUAGAAGAAUAUUCUAGAAUUUUUUGUGCACCAUAAAUUUGAUUUGUUUCAGUUGACACGAUAAAAAAUGAAAUCAGUGUAAUUAAGCAUUAUUCAGAACGAGGACGACAUAUUCCAAAAUUUCUAUUGAAAGUUUAUACACUCUUAUUUUAAAGAUUAAUCGGUAAAAAUAAUCUUAAGUCAUCCUUAUUAAGAUCUCACUAGUUUACUUAACAUUCAGAUCGAACUUUUUUUGAUGAGGUCAGGUGACAAGCAUGUUUUCAUGAUGAACACAAACAUUAAUCCAACAUAUCUAUAUACAGGCAGUAUUGUUUGGCUUUGACCUACUUGCUUAAUAUAAAACUAGAAAACUGGUCAGCACCAAUUCUUAAAAAGAUUAUGGAUUUGAUCUAAAGUGAUCCAUGGGAGAUGAUACUAGUAGUGGAUAUUUGUUCUGAGCUAUUGUCAAUUCAAUGUAGCAUGCUCAAAGAACAAAUAUGAUUACUCCUCCAAUAAAUGGACAUAUGUAUACUUAAGUUCAUUAUCAGCUUCCUGGGGAGAGUGCAAAAAUAUAUGGAGAAUAGUUUAAGUGUGUCAAUUUCUCAAACCACAACCUUUGAUAAGCAUUGUUAGAAAAUAUUGUCAAAAGGCCAUUCCACUUUUCAAGAGUGGCAUAAUCUUAUGUGGCAUAGUCAUAUGAGAAGAAAGCUUUGUGAAGGUGAGUAAUUUGCAGUGGUGUGGUUAGAGUUACCUGCCCUUGGCUUAAUGUUUGGAAGGACCAAAACGAUGAGUGAAAAGAAUCAUGUUUCCAAUGGCUACAAAUCUAUUUCAGUUUGAGACAAAGGUCCUUUCGUUUUGACAAUCAUGUCCAUAAACAAAUGGGUUGUUUGAAAUUGUUAUUUUAUCAUAUACUACUCAACAUAAGUUAAGGAUCACACUACUUUCAUGUUACUGUUGUGAAUCUGUUAUGGCGUGACAGAUUAACAAUUUUAAUAAGAAAUCAUGUAGUGGUCUUAACUUGUAUUGAUUAGUAUUUAAUGGACAGUGCGAUAGAUGCAAUAAACCAACAUGAAAAUCAUGUUGUUAUCCUAUAAUCAUGCAAAUGAGGUUACCAUACCACUGAAACUACUUUUAAACUGGACUGCAUUGCUUUGCAAUGUUUGCUCGAUCUAUAAAGUAUAGGUUCACACUCCCAGUAGGUUUUCGGUAGGGUUUUCCGUUGUCAAGGUGCUUCUGUAGACAAACAUGAUUGAGCAUUUGGCACUAUAUUAUCAAAGGGUAAUUUGCUUUCACAUCACAAUCAUACACGGCUUCUUAGGUAAUUUCAUUGAGUGAUGAAAUGUCGUAGGCAUUGAUUUUUUUAGAAUGACAUUAUUUGGUAAGAUUUUUAACGAAGUGUGCGUCAUACACAAGGAAUAAGAAAUAUGUAAUGCUCAAAAUAUAUUUUUUAUCCCUACGUGAUAUUUACGAUGUCGACUCGCACUUGGCUACUAAUCUCAGUUUCCUGCUGCAUGUUUGCACAUAAGCUACCUGUGCUUGAUCUCACAUGAUGAAACUGUGAAGACAAAUCUGUUGUACAUAUCAAAGACCAUGAUAAUAUAUAUGUAUAUCUAUAUUAUUCGAUACCAUGAAUCCUGUACCCUCUGAAUACUGAAAUAUAUGAACUAGAGUUGUUAUGCUGAUGUUUGAAAUUGGUCAGUCAUUAUGCAACGUAGUAACUUUCUGGAAGAAGUUUUGAUAGUACGUUAGAAAUUAUUCAUGGUGUUUCAGGUAUCUUUUGUUCAGCAUUAUUGUUUAUAUUUACUCUUUUUUAAUGGAUUUUCAAGGCCAUAAUAUCAGACUGAUAUGAGAUAUGGUAUCACAGCCUGGCUUUGAGCGCUACCUCUAAUCAGCUUUUCUAUAGAACAUUUUGUUAGUGGGACUUGUUAAGCAGGAAGAAAAUUUGUUGAUAAAAUGUAAUAUUUUUAAAUGACAAAAUUUAUUUGUCUUAAGAAUGUAAACUUUGAUUGUAACAAAUUUACACUUUUAAUUAAUUGUGUUUAAACAUCAUGUUGAAGUAUGAGUUUAUACCAUUAAUCAGUUCAUAUAGACAUAUUUAGAUUGUAUCAAAUUGUUAUUGAAAAUAGUGAAAUCGUCCUUACCUCUAUACAUAAAUAGAUUCAUGUAUAUAUGAUAUAUAUAGCUAUAUAUAUGUUUACUUUCAACCUGUCUUCAUAAUACUGUCGCACAUAUCACAGGUAGUUUACAACUCUUCUAGAUGCUGAAAUCCGCAGUUAUGUCCCUUAGCUCUGCCAGGAACCAGUUCCAACAUUCUCCCGAUCAUGAUAUCAUUUGUUCUGUCAGCACCAUACCCAUGAAUCUCUCCAUAGUCUUAACAUCUGAGACAUGCAGUAUACAUAAUCUUACCUCCCACUUUAAACUGCUAUGUCAUUAUAGAAUUGAACCAGUAUGGAACAUGUUGAACACAGAUCAGUCACUGGUGAAAUGGUAGUGUAUGGUUUAUCAAUUCCUGUCUGCUGUAAGGUUGCCCUUGAAAAAAGUAUUAGAACCCAACAAACAUUGUAACAGUUUUCCGUAUUAAUUUUGUCUAUGAUUACUGAUAUACUGCAGCCUCAUGGUUUUCUAUUUUAUGUAUCCAUUCAUCUGAAAAUUUAUUAGUGAGCUGGUCUCAUUUAUUGACAUGAAUUUGUGAGUUACUGUCUGACUUAUAUGACAUGAUCAAACUCUUGCUGUACAGCCCUGUCAAGCUCUUGCUGUCAAUCUUUUGCUAUCAUACUCUUGCUGUACAGCCCUGUCAAGCUCUUGCUGUCAAACCCUUGCUGCACAGCCCUGUCAAGUUCUUGCUGUCAAACCCUUGCUGUACAGCCCUGUCAAGUUCUUGCUAUCAAACCCUUGCUGUACAGCCCUCAAGCUCUUGCUAUCAAACUCCUGCUGUACAGCCCUGUCAAGCUCUUGCUAUCAAACUCUUGCUGUACAGCCUUGUCAAGUUCUUGCUGUCAAACCCUUGCUGUACAGCCCUGUCAAGCUCUUUCUAUCAAACGUAUUGCUGUACAGCCCUGUCAAGCUCUUGUUGUCAUUAUCUAACUCUACAGCAGUGUCAUGCACGUGCAGUUAAACCCUUGCUGCAUAUUCCUGUCAAGACUUCCGAAGAACUUUCUGACUAGGACAGGGUAAUAAUGCACAGCAUGUCAACAACCACAAGGCUGUUAUCUUGUGCUCCAUUCUUCAACAAAUGGACCUGUCCAUGUGGUUGUGUGCCCACUGAGAUGCAAGGGGUUGGGAAUGCAACACCACCAGUCUGUUGAAGUCAGUUGUCAGUAAAGUACAGACAUAUUUUAGGGUCGUUUUAUUUCAGUUGUGCUAUAUGUCCAUUGAUAGUUCUCUCUGAGGAAAAUUUGCAUGAGCUGGUUAACUUGUGGUACACCUAAAAUCUGACACUGCCUGAUUCACAAAUGGUUUGGUACCAUUAAUAAUUGCCUCUUUUGAUGCAGGAUUUCAACAGGACAUUGUUUGUUUGUUUGUUUGUUUCUUCUACACAAAUUGUAUAUGAUAAUUGUAGGGUGUUUAAUGUGAUUGUAGUAUGUCCCUGUUCUUGAAAUGUCAAUUUGUGCAAUAGAUGUGAUUGAAUCAGUGGACGUGAACACGAGCAUCUUCGCCUUCCUUACCUCUUUAUUUCACUUGAUGCAGCCAUUUUAGAUAUACCAGCUGCAUAGCCAUCUAUGUACGAAAUGUGUGCUCUGGUGUCAUGAACCAUGGUGUUGGGCUGGUGUCAUUGCAUGAUAUUUGCGUUUGAAUUGUCUUUACAAUGUAUGUACAUUGUAAAUAUAUUUGCAUUACAUUGGAAAUUUAUUUACAUUUGUAUUGCAUUGCAUUGUAUUGUAUGUACAUUUACAUUGUAUUUGCAUUGCAUUUACAUUUACAUUGCAUUGUAUUUACAGUUUCAAUGCAUUUGCAUUGUAUUUACUAAAUGUUUAGAAUCAGAAUGGGGCAGAUACUGUGUCAAUGUUUAGUUAAUGUGUAGUGGUUAAGUAAGCAAAUGUAUCCAGCAGUAAGUGAUAUUGUCAGCACUAAGAUGAUGGCACCUGUUGUACAGUAGAUGAUGGAGUAGAUGGUUGUGCAUGUUGCUGUAUGCUCAGAGACAGGCGGUAUAGGUGGUGACAUGGAGGGAAAAGAGAAAAGAAAACUUAAAACCUGUACUCCUAUUAUAUUUAAUCAGAACUGUAUGUUAUCAUGGUUACUAAAUUCACAGUGAUGGGGAUAAACGUCUGGAGGAAAGAAUUGGUUCUUGGAGAAAUGUCAGAGUAUAAGGUUAGGGUUUUGCAGGAGAAAGGAUUGUUCUCUAAGAAACGUCAGAGUAUAAGGUUAGGGUUUUGCAGGAGAAAGGAUUGUUCGCUAAGAAACAUCUGAUGAUAAGGUUAGGAUUUUGCAGGAGAAAGGAUUGUACUCAGAGAAAUCUCAGAGUAUGAGGUUGGGGUUUUUGGAAGAGAAAGAAUUGGUUCUUUGAGUAAUGUCAGAGUACUAGGUAAGGGUUUUGGAGGUGUAAGGAUUGGUUCUUGGAGAAACAUCACAGUUGGAGGAGAAAAAAUAGCUCCUUAGAAAGACAACCCCAUGCUAAGUUGUUUCUUGAAUUCUGUGUUUUCUUCAUCUGUGAAGGUGGAUGGAGAGGUGGUUACAGAUGGGGAUUGAUAGCAGAGUUUCAUUUCAUGUGAUUACCAAAUGCCAGUUGAAACACAUUGUGAAAAUUUACCGGUUUGUUUACACUGCCAUACACCUCCAUCACCUGUGAUGUAUAGUAGUGAAAUGUUUAAUUUUUAUCAACUUAUCAAAUAAAAAAAGUGAAAAAGUAAUGUGUAUGAAGUUGUGCUGACUCUACCUCUGCCCAAUAUUGUGUAGUAGUGUCUUGAUUACAUAACUCUGUCGUAUCCUGAAAAGAAAUAAUUCAUUUUGGCCAUGUAUAGUAAUCUGAGCAAUCAUCAGCCCGAGUUCAUGUUUUCUACCUUAAAGAACUCCAGUACACUCACAUGUGAUGGAGGGACAGUGUAUACCAAACCUAGGGUCCACGCUGAAACAAGUAUUAUGUGUUCAUUUUAACAGUUUUAUUUUCAACUGAUCAGCCGUGCAAGGUUAUGAAACUUGUGAUAUGUUGUGUGCAAAUACUUACGUCUAAAUAUUUGUAAAUAAAUCAUGUAUAUCAUUGUCCA